AUGGCCGCCGCGCCGGCCUCGUCGCCGGUCGAGUUCCUGCUCCGCCGCCCGCAACCGCGCCAGCGGAGGAGACCGCCUCUGGCCGGCGCGUUCUUCGCGCCCACGGGGCUGUCCGGCGCGCCGCUGCUCCGCGCGCUGGCGUCGCUCGCGGCGGACCUGCUGGGGACCCCGCCCCCGCCGUCGCAGCGACGGAACCUCGACGCGCUCAUGCGGAGGCUCGCGCUGCUCUCCGCGCUCCUCGACUCGCUCCUGCUCCUCCUCGCCGACGAGGGGGAGGACGCCUUCUCCGACGCCGCCAACCUCUGCUUCCGCGAGCUCUACGUCGUGCUCUUCCGCGCCGACCUGCUCGUCUCCUAUGUCGCCUCCGCCGGCCGAGCGUGGGCGCUGCUACGGGCGCCCCAGCUCGCCGCCUCGUUCCGGGACCUCGACGCCGAGCUCGCCGUCGUCCUCGACGUCCUCCCCGCCGCCUCGCUCCGCCUCUCGUGGGACGCCGCCCAGUACCUCGACCUCCUCCGCGCGCGCUGCCGGCGGCGGGCGCCGGCCAACUACCACGACCCCUCGGAGGCCGCUCUCGGAGACCGCCUCCUCGCCGCCCUGCGCGACUUCGAGCUCGGCCAGCCGCCGGACCCCUCCACUCUCCGAUCCCUCCUCCUCCAAAUCGGCAUCUCCGACGCCCCUUCCUGCCGCUCUGAAAUCGAGUACCUGGAGGAGCAAAUCCUGAGCCAAGAGGACGACGCCGACCUCCCCCUCAUCGGCGGCGUCGUCGCCUUGCUCCGGUACUGCCUCUUCUCCCUUUUCGACCCCAGCAACACAAAGGCGUUGCGUGUUUGGCUGUCGGCGGGGAACAGGCAGCGGCUGCUCUCCUGGAGCUGCAGCGACGACAGCUCCUUCUCGGUGCCCAAGGAGUUCUCCUGCCCGAUUUCUUUGGAUUUGAUGCGCGAUCCCGUGGUGGUCUCCACCGGACAGACAUAUGACCGGCCGUCGAUCAUACAGUGGAUCGAGGAGGGGCAUUCCACCUGCCCCAACUCCGGCCAGGCCCUCUCUGACAACCGGCUUGUGCCAAACCAGGCGCUCCGCAGCUUGAUUUCACAGUGGUGCGGGGUGCAUGGCUUUCAGUUUGAUUCGCCGGAGAGCAACGAGGGGAUGAUUGAAUGUGUUGCUGCAUCGUGCAGCAGCAAGGCAGCAAUUGAGGCGAACAAAGCCACAGCAAGGAUUUUGGUCAAGACACUGAUGGAGGGAUCCGAUAACGCAAAGCCGGUUGCAGCUAGGGAAAUCCGGUUGCUGGCUAAGACUGGGAAGCAAAACCGGGCGUUCAUUGCCGAGUUGGGUGCGAUACCAUUGCUAUGCAGGUUGCUGCUGUCGUCGGAUUGGAUGGCGCAGGAGAAUGCAGUGACUGCACUGCUCAAUCUAUCGAUCUAUGAGCCGAACAAGACAAGGAUUAUGGAACAAGAGGAUUGCCUGCAUCUUAUUGUCAGUGUGUUGAAGAAUGGUUGGACGACAGAGGCCAAGGAGAAUGCUGCAGCUACGCUCUUCAGUUUAUCUGUGGUCCAUGACUACAAGAAAAAGAUCAUGAAUGAGCCAGGGGCUGUGGAGGAGCUUGCCUCUAUGCUGACCAAAGGGACGCCAAGGGGAAAGAAAGACGCAGUGAUGGCAUUGUUCAACCUCUCAACACAUCCAGAAAGCUCAGGUCGGAUGCUUGAGUCUUCUGCAGUUGUAGCUUUGAUUGAGUCACUGAGGAAUGACACCGUGUCGGAGGAAGCUGCUGGUGCUCUGGCUCUGCUGAUGAAGCAGGCUACCAUCGUGCAUCUUGUUGGGAGCUCUGAAACGGUGAUCACUAGCCUUGUUGGGUUAAUGAGGCGUGGAACUCCAAAGGGCAAGGAGAAUGCAGUGUCAGCUUUAUAUGAGAUAUGCCGAAGAGGUGGAUCAACAUUGGUACAGCGCGUGGCAAGGAUACCUGGGUUGAACACAGUAAUACAGAACAUCACGCUCACAGGAACAAAGCGUGCCAAGAAGAAGGCAAGCUUGAUUGUCAAGAUGUGCCAGAGAAGCCAAAUGCCAUCGGCAUUGGCACUAGGAAGUACAUUGACAGUGGUUGAUCAUUCAUUGGUAGGGAACAGCACAUUGAGGCGCGCUGCAAGCUUUGGCAGCGGGGAGUUGUCAAACCCUGUGUCAAUUUCAGUGCCUGUGCCCUAG